UUCACCACUCGAGCGGAGUUGCUGUGACCGAGUGGAGCUGCUGCUGCCGGAGAGAGAGAGAGAGAGAGACACAGAGAGAGAGGGAGAGACGGACCAGGUUACAGCGGGUUCACCUCUUCCAAACAGCCGGGGUGGCCGCAGAGAAGUGCGUCCGCUGAGAGCAUGGCUCAUCUGCAACAAAGGGAAACUCGCAGGCGGGAAGUUUAAAGGAAUAAGCAGCUGCAGAGAUUCCCACCCGGAGAGACCCGGCGGAGCACAGAACCGAGGAGCGAUGCACUUCGCCAAAUGGGAUUUGUUGUGGAUUCUCCUGUGGUGUAAACUGGUUUCGCUGGUGCGUUGUUACGCCGUUCACAUCGGCGAGGAUGCGGGGCUGAGGACGGCGGUGGCCGGCGCGCAGCGGGGCGCACGGUGCGCCCUGGAUCAGGUCCUCGCUCCCAAAUUCACGGAGCGCUUUCUCGGCACGGACGCCGCGGCCGGCAUCGUGUUCUUGUCGGACUCCAUAAAGUGCGCCUCGUUGCGCUCCAACCCGUUCACCGUGUACACCGUGGCUGACUGCAUGCACUCCGGCUACAGGCAUCUCCUCACCAGCCGGUACGACGUGCACGUGCACGGUAGGAACUGCUCAAACACGCGUAAAAGAAAACCUCGGUGGGACAUGGAGGUGCUCAGUUUGUUGCGCGGCCACCAGCGCUCACAGUGCCACCAAGCCGACUCUGCUCUGUUUGCAGUGGGGGGUUUGCUACCCGGAGCCCCGAUCCGCUGCAAAGUCACCAACAGUCGGUACUUUUACUUCUCCGAGGGGGACUUGUUUGUGUCUCAGACGCUGUGCUGGAGGCGGGACACGCUGCUGGAGCUGGACCUGCUCUGCGACGUGCUCACGGGAGAGGGGAGGCCGAGCGCUCAAGUGCACCCAGUCUCUGUCCAUUGGCGCGUGGGACAGGGCCCCUUCAGGCAGGACCACCUUGGCAAGCUGAUGGAAAAGGCAGCUCGGUCUGAUUCAGGGAUUGUGAGCAGCAGGAGGAGGAGGAGAAGCAUCAACAGCAGCCCUCAGUUUCAACCUCCAAUGUACCAGGUGUCCGUGGCAGAGAAUCAGCCCGCCGGCACCUCGGUGGUUGUUCUGAAAGCAGUGGAUAGCGAUGAGGGGGAGGCAGGCAGGCUGGAGUAUUUUCUAGAAGCCCUCUUUGACAGCCGCUCCAACAAUCUCUUCGCCGUGGACCCCGCCAACGGCUACGUGUCCACGGUGGAGGUGCUGGACCGGGAGACUAAAGACACCCACGUGUUCCGUGUGACCGCGGUCGACCACGGCGUGCCUCGGCGCACCGCCAUGGCCACCCUCACUGUCACAGUCAGAGACACCAAUGAUCAUGACCCUGCGUUUGAGCAGCAGGACUACAAGGAGAGCAUCAGGGAGAAUCUAGAAAUAAGCUACGAGGUGUUAACCGUGAGGGCCACGGAUGGGGACGCGCCUGUUAACGGCAACAUCCUUUACCGCAUAAUCAACAGCAACGGGUCCAACGAUGUCUUUGAGAUCGAUUCGAGGUCCGGGGUAAUUCGCACCAGAGGCCUGGUGGACAGAGAAGAAGUGGAAGCCUUUAUGCUGCUGGUCGAGGCCAACGACCAAGGUCGUGACCCCGGGCCCCGCAGCGCCACAGCUACUGUUCACAUCGUGGUUGAGGAUGACAACGACAACGCUCCCCAGUUCAGCGAGAAACGCUAUGUGGUCCAGGUGCCAGAGGACAUGACCCCGAACACGGAGAUCCUGCAGGUCACGGCCACAGACAAAGACAGGGGCAGCAACGCCGUCGUUCACUUCAGCAUCAUGAGCGGAAACACCAGAGGCCAGUUUUACAUCGACGCUCAGACGGGUAACAUGGACCUGGUGAGUCACCUGGAUUACGAGGCGAACAAAGAAUACACUCUGAGAAUCCGGGCUCAGGACGGCGGGCGCCCCCCGCUCUCCAACAUCAGUGGUUUGGUUACCGUGCAGGUGCUCGACGUGAACGACAACGCCCCCAUUUUCGUGAGCACCCCGUUCCAGGCCACCGUGCUGGAGAACGUGCCGCCGGGCUACUCCAUCAUCCACAUCCAAGCCGUGGACGCCGACUCGGGGGACAACUCCAGGCUGGAGUAUCGGCUCACUGAAACCACACCAAACUUCCCCUUUACCAUCAACAACAGCACGGGGUGGCUUGUGGUGGCGUCCGAGCUGGACAGGGAGAGCGUCGACUUUUACAACUUUGGAGUGGAGGCCCGAGAUCACGGCUACCCGGUCAUGUCCUCCUCUGCCAGCAUCAGCAUGACCAUUCUAGAUGUCAACGACAACAACCCGGAGUUCACCCAGAAGGGGUACUACAUGCGACUCAACGAGGACGCGGCCGUGGGCACCAGCGUGGUGACGGUGUCGGCUGUGGACCAGGACAUCAACAGCGUGGUGACUUACCAGAUAUCCAGCGGAAACACCCGCAACCGAUUCUCCAUCACGAGUCAGAGCGGCGGGGGCCUCAUCACGCUGGCGCUGCCUUUGGACUACAAACUUGAACGGCAGUACGUCCUCACCGUCACUGCCAGCGACGGCACGCGCCUCGACAACGCCAAAGUGAUCGUCAACGUCACCGACGCCAACACUCACCGCCCCGUGUUUCAGAGCUCUCAUUACACCGUCAACAUCAACGAGGACAGGCCCGUCGGCACCACCGUUGUGUUGAUAAGUGCCACGGAUGAAGACACGGGCGAGAACGCCCGCAUAACCUACUACAUGGACGACAGCAUCCCUCAGUUCGACAUUGACGCGGACACGGGAGCCGUCACCACGCGGAUGGAGCUGGACUACGAGGACCAGGUGUCCUACACGCUAGCCAUCACCGCUCGAGACAACGGCAUCCCGCAGAAGUCCGACACCACCUACCUGGAGAUACUGGUCAACGACGUCAACGACAACUCCCCCCGCUUCCUGCGAGACCACUACGUGGGCUCCGUCAUGGAGGAUGUGCCGGUGUUCACCAGCGUGGUCCAGGUCUCCGCCAUCGACAGGGACUCCGGGCUCAACGGCCGCGUCUUCUACACCUUCCUGGGCGGAGAGGACGGCGAGGGGGACUUCAUAAUCGAAUCCACCUCCGGCAUCGUCCGCACGCUGCGCAGGUUGGACAGAGAGAACGUGCCUGUUUACAGCCUGCAGGCGUUCGCUGUGGAUAAAGGGGGUCCCGCUCUGAGGACCGCAGUUAACAUCCAAGUAACGAUCUUGGACGUGAAUGACAACCCCCCAGUGUUUGAGAAAGAUGAGUUCGACAUCAUGGUGGAGGAGAACAGCCCCAUAGGCGUUGUGGUUGCACACAUAUUAGCCACAGAUCCGGACGAAGGCAGCAACGCGCAGAUUAUGUACCAGAUAGUGGAGGGGAACAUCCCAGAGGUUUUCCAGCUGGACAUCUUCUCCGGAGAACUGACCGCGUUGAUAGACCUGGACUAUGAGACGAGAUCCGAGUACGUCAUUGUGGUCCAGGCGACCUCCGCGCCUCUGGUCAGCCGCGCCACAGUUCACGUGAAACUUGUCGACAAGAAUGACAACAUUCCCAUGCUGAAAAACUUCCAGAUCAUCUUCAACAACUACGUGACGGACAAAUCCAGCAGCUUCCCCACCGGAGUGAUCGGACGCAUCCCCGCACACGACCCCGACGUCUCGGACCAGCUCCACUACAGCUUUGAGGUGGGGAACGAGCUCAAGUUGGUCCUCCUGAACCAAAGCACGGGGGAGAUCCAGUUGAGCCCGGCCCUGGAUAACAACCGGCCCCUGGAGGCCUCCAUGAGGAUCUCAGUGACAGACGGCGUCCACUCCGUAUCGGCCCAGUGUCUCCUCCAAGUCACCAUCAUCACCGACGAAAUGCUGUCCAACAGCAUCACGCUGCGGCUGGCCAACACGUCCCAGGAGCGCUUCCUGUCCCUGCUGCUCGCCCAGUUCCUGGACGGCGUGGCCCGCGUCCUGUCCGCCGCCCCCGAGGACGUGGUGAUCUUCAACGUCCAGGACGACACUGACGUCAGCGCCCGCAUCCUCAACGUCAGCCUGUCUGUGGCCGUGCCGGCGGCAGCGCCGGGGGAGGGGCGGCGGCGGCGGCCCGGGGGCCCGGGCCUGGGCCGGGCGGGGGGCAGGCCCGGCGGGGCCGUCGAAAGCGGCGGGGAGUUCUUCGGCUCGGAGGAGCUGCAGGAGAGGUUGUACUUGAACCGCAGCCUCCUGGCCAAGAUCUCCUCGCAGGAGGUCCUCCCCUUCGACGACAACAUCUGCCUCCGGGAGCCGUGCGAGAACUACAUGAAGUGCGUGUCCGUGCUGAAGUUCGACAGCCUGGCACCGUUCGUGGCGUCGGACACCAUCCUGUUCAGGCCCAUUCACCCCAUCGCCGGGCUGCGCUGCCGCUGCCCCGCCGGCUUCACGGGCGACUACUGCGAGACGGAGAUCGACCUGUGCUACUCCAAACCCUGCGGCGCCCACGGAGCGUGCCGCAGCCGAGAGGGCGGCUUCACCUGCGAGUGCCUGGAGGACUACACAGGGGAGCGCUGCGAGCUGUCGUCCCGCUGGGGCCGCUGUGCUCCGGGGGUCUGCAAGAACGGUGGCUCCUGUGUCAACCUGCUGGUCGGCGGGUUCAAGUGCGAGUGUCCGGCGGGCGGCUACGAGAAGCCCUACUGCGAGAUGACCACGCGCAACUUCCCCCCGCACUCCUUCCUGACCUUCAGGGGCCUCCGCCAGCGCUUCCACUUCACCCUCUCUCUCACAUUUGCAACCAAAGAGCCCGAUGGUCUGUUACUCUACAACGGCCGCUUCAAUGAGAAACAUGACUUCCUCGCCAUGGAAAUCAUCAAUGAGCAGAUUCAGCUGACGUUCUCUGCAGGUGAGACUAAAACUACGGUUUCACCCUUCGUCCUCGGGGGAGUCAGCGACGGCCAGUGGCACGUGGUGGAGGUCCACUACUACAACAAGCCCAUCUUGAACCAGGCCGGCCUGCCGCAGGGACCCUCGGACCAGAAGUUUGCAGUGGUGACGGUGGACAACUGUGACGCCUCCGUGGCCUUCCGGUUUGGUCACGUGAUCGGCAACUACACCUGCUCCGCUCAGGGCAGCCAGUCAGGAUCCAAAAAAUCGCUGGACCUGACCGGCCCCCUUCUCCUCGGAGGUAUUCCCAAACUCCCGGAGGACUUUCCUGUUCGCAACCGGCAGUUUGUGGGCUGCAUGAAAAACCUGCGUAUCGACAACCAGCACAUAGACAUGGCCGGCUUCAUUGCUAACAACGGCACUCUACCAGGAUGCUCCGCCAAGAGGCACUUCUGCAACAAUGACCCGUGUUUGAACGGAGGAACCUGUGUGAACCUGUGGGGCUCCUUCAGUUGUGACUGCCCGCUCGGAUUUGGUGGACAAAACUGUGAAAGAGGUGAGUCAAGUAGAAAAGUUGCAUUUAGACACUUAGUCCGCCAUUUAGAUCGUGAGAGGUUUUUCUUGUUUAGUUUGACGAUGAACCUUUUUAGGUGCUUUUUGGCUUUAGAAGACAAACAGCACAUUAGUUUAGUGUUUCUCCUGGUGCCCUCCGGUGUCUGUUUCAGUUCGUUCCUUAUACACUGGAUAUCAGCAGUCUGGGGGAGCAGCAAGCACCACAAACGCAGUGUUGUCUCUAGAUCAGGGCUUUACCUGGCCAGUAUGGAGGUGGACAGGCAGCUUCGAGACUCCAAGCUGAAGACUGUGAGCGUUGGUGGUUUGGAAAGAACUGAUGGGAAAAUCCAGCAUGGCUUCCGUGGCUGCAUCCAGGGUCUGCGUGUGGGCGGAGCUCUGAGUCUGUCUCAGGCGAGGAAGGUGAACGUGGAGGCGGGCUGCAACGUGCCUGACCCGUGCAGCUCCAGCCCCUGUCCCGUCAGCAGCUACUGCAGCGACGACUGGGACAGCCACUCCUGCACCUGCCUCGCCGGCUACUACGGCGCCAACUGCACCGACGCGUGCUCAUUAAACCCCUGCGAGCACGAGUCAACGUGCACCAGGAAGCAAAGCUCCUCUCGCGGUUACACCUGCGACUGUCCUAAGAACUACUUUGGCCGUUACUGCGAGAAAAAAACCGAUUUGCCGUGUCCCAGAGGCUGGUGGGGUCACAAGACCUGCGGCCCCUGUAACUGUCAGACAGACAAGGGCUUCGACUCCGACUGCAACAAGACGAGCGGGGAAUGCCGCUGCAAGGACAACCACUACCUUCCCGAAGGCAGCGACACCUGCCUGCUGUGCGACUGCUACCCGGUCGGCUCUUUUUCCCGAGCAUGUGACCGAGAGAGCGGCCAGUGCCAGUGCAAACCCGGUGUCAUCGGACGCCAGUGUGACCACUGCGACAACCCCUUCGCUGAGGUUUCUCCCAACGGCUGUGAAGUGAUCUAUGACAGCUGCCCUCAGGCCAUGGAGGCUGGGAUCUGGUGGCCCAGGACUAAGUUUGGUCUCCCCGCAGCGGUUCACUGUCCCAAGGGAACACUCGGCACAGCGAUCCGCCACUGUGACGAGCACAAGGGCUGGCUGCCUCCCAAUCUCUUCAACUGCACCUCCGUUACCUUCAGCAAUCUGAAAGCCCUGUCUGAGAAGUUUUCCCGUAACACAUCGCUCCUGGACUCCGGGCGCGUUCAGCAGACGGCCGCCAUGUUAGCCAACGCCACCUUGCACACGGAGAAGUACUACGGCAGCGACGUGAAAGUGGCUUAUCGACUCACGCAGAGUCUUCUGCAGCACGAGAACAAACAGCGGGGCUUCAACCUCACGGCUACACAGGACGUCCACUUCACUGAGAAUCUGGUUCGCGUGGGCAGCGCCAUCCUGUCUCCGGACACACGGACGCAUUGGGAGCUGAUCCAGCACUCGGAGGGCGGCACAGCGGCGCUGCUGCGCCACUACGAGGAAUACGCAAACACGCUGGCACAGAACAUGAGGCAGACGUACCUCAGCCCCUUCACCAUCGUCACGCCGCACAUAGUCAUUUCUGUGGAUCGCCUGAAAAAGAUGAAUUUCGCUGGAGCCAAACUCCCGCGGUACCAGUCCCUGAGGGGCCCUCGCCCUGCGGACCUGGAGACGGCCGUCACGCUACCCGAUUCCGUCUUCCAGCCACCGGUGGACACUAAGGGCCACAGACACCUGGAUGUCUUCCCGGAGUCGUCUCUGAAAAACCGUUCGGCGAACAGGAAGAGACGCCACCCUGAUGACGACCAGCCCGACGCCAUCGCCAGCGUGAUCAUCUUCCACAGCCUGGCCUCGCUGCUACCAGAGAGCUACGAUCCGGACAAGAGAAGCCUGCGGGUGCCAAAGCGUCCGGUCAUCAACACACCAGUGGUCAGCAUCACCGUCCACGACAACGACGAGCUGCUGCAGCACGCGCUGGACAAACCCAUCACCGUGCAGUUCCGCCUGGUUACCACCGAGGAGCGCUCCAAGCCCAUCUGCGUUUUCUGGGACCACGGCAUACUGGCCGGGAACGGCGGCUGGUCGGCGAAGGGCUGCGAGGUGGUGUACAGGAACGGCACCCACAUCAGCUGUCAGUGUUAUCACAUGACCAGCUUUGCGGUCCUCAUGGACAUCUCCAGGAGAGAGAAUGGAGAGAUUCUGCCAAUCAAAAUCCUGACGUGGAGUACGGUGGGCGUGACGAUGGGCUUCCUCUUCCUCACCACGAUCUUCCUCCUCUGUCUGAGAGCCAUGCAGUGCAACAAGACCAGUAUAAUCAACAAUGGAGCUGUUGCACUCUUCCUCUCCGAGCUCAUCUUCAUCUUGGGCAUCAACCAGGCAGACAACCCGUUUAUGUGCACCGUCAUCGCCAUCCUGCUGCACUUCUUCUACCUGUGCACUUUCUCCUGGCUCUUCCUGGAGGGUCUGCACGUCUAUCGCAUGAUCAGCGAAGUGCGAGACAUCAACUAUGGACCCAUGAGGUUCUACUACCUGAUUGGCUGGGGAGUACCAGCCUUCAUCACAGGUCUGGCAGUGGGACUGGACCCCGAAGGCUACGGGAACCCAGACUUCUGCUGGCUGUCCAUGUACGACACUCUCAUCUGGAGCUUCGCCGGGCCCAUCGCCAUGGUGGUGUCGAUGAACGUCUUCCUGUACGUCAUGUCGUCCAGAGCCUCCUGCGCAAUGAGACACCACAGCAUCGAGAAGAAGGAGCCUCGUGUCUCCGGCCUAAAGACCGCCAGUGGCGUUCUCCUCCUGGUUUCAGUCACAUGUUUUCUCGCGCUCCUCUCCGUCAACAGCGACAUGAUCAUCUUCCACUACCUGUUCGCUGGGUUCAACUGUGUCCAGGGUCCGUUUGUGUUCUUCUUCCGCGUCGUCUUCAAUAAGGAGGCGAGGAAUGCCAUGAAAUACUGCUGCAGCCGCAAGCGCCCAGAUCACAUGAUCAAAUCCAAGGCCUCUGGCUACAAAUGCAACACAAACUACACGGACGGCAGAUUGUACCACCUUCCCUUCGGAGACUCCAGUGUGUCCCUGAACGGCACGAUGCAGAGCGGCAAGAGCCAGCAGAGCUACGUGCCGUUUGUCCUCAGGGACGACGCGUUGAGUAACAGCCAAGCGCACAUCGCCCUGAACGACCAUACGUCCCUCUUCCACGAAACCAAGGACCUGCACGAUCAUGACAGCGACUCGGACAGCGACCUGUCGCUGGAGGACGACCAGAGCGGCUCCUACGCCUCCACACACUCCUCCGACAGCGAGGACGAGGAGGGUCCGCUCCCCCCGGGGGAAUGCUGGGAAAACAUGGCGUCCAAUGUCGCCAAUAGGCCACAUCCUCACGACAUCAGUUUGGGUAAGAUGCUCUGGCCAGGAGACUACGCGGCCGCAGUGAGUGAUGGCGAGGCCGCGUGUAGAAACGCGCCGGCCAAUCAGGAGCCGAGUCCUGGCUCCGACACGAGGACGCAUCCGGACAGCCAGGCGCAGGAGGCCAUGACGGUGCUGCUGCCCAACAUCUAUUCCAACCCUCACAAAGGGAUCCUAAAGAAGAAGCAGCUUUCUCCCAUUGUGGAGAGAAACGGUCUGAACCGCAUCCACAAUGAACUUUGUGAAAGUGCUUCCGGCGCGACGUCUCCGCAGGGGUCCUCCUCCAGUGACGGACGGGCCGGCGCAGCCAAAAACGCGCUGAACGGAGUCGCAGUGAGCAUCAAGGCGAGGACGGUGGACGGUGACUCGUCGGGAUCAGACGACCUCCACACCUCCGUGUGACCGCGCUGACGAAGAGGUGUGUCUUUGCAGGUCAUAGAGGCUCCUCCCUCAACAGCCAAUGCAAACUGGGAGCAGAGGACUUCUCCCAAAAGUGGAAAAAGAGAGAAUUCCCCCCCUCAUCGUCAUGAUCCUCUGAAGGACUGCGUGCGUGCGUGUGUGCGCCAAACCUCAGGAGUCACUGCACUGGCCCACGUACGCUGACCCAACGAGUCUCACGCUCCCUUUAAAUAAUUCAUUUUGUUUACAUACUUGAAGCAAUGCACUUUUUUUUCUUUUUUUUAAUUUACUGCCUGAAUUUGUUGGCGGUCCAAUCUUUUACUUUAUUUUUGGAAUUUGUUUUUUUAUUUUAGGACAAACGAGUUGUUUUGAGGGCUGUGGAACAAUGCAGAGGUCAUGCUUUUUGGGGUGGGUCAUUUAGUUUUAGACUCAAACAUUCAGGGAAAUUCCUUUUUCAUGCGUUAACUUCUCUGUGGCGUCCUGUCGGCGUUUGUUUGAGGAGAGAGAGGAGUCCGGCGUAGCCUCCUCGUGGAUUUCUGAACUUGACGUCAAGGAGGAAAGACUCUAAGCUAUUUCUCAUAAAUGAAAGAUGUUUCCAGAAGCAACAGCUGCACAGAGCGACGGCGUUCUCCGCCUGCGAGGGGACAAAGCUGCGCGCGCAGACCGAAAAUGAAUCAAAGGACUUUUGAUUUUUCUUUUUAUAAAUCAGCGAGAGCACAUUUUUUUAAUGGACAUUAAAAGCGCUCUUGUUUUUCAACGUUUUAUCUGGAGUGACGAAGGCAUUCAUUCAAGUUCAGUGACUAAACAGCUGUGUUUUUAGAUUAGCUAUGGAACUAUGGUGAUUUGUAAAGUAUUGCAAAAUUGUGCUGUAAUACUAUUUGAGCUGUAAUCAAUUUGUACUGUACAGAGUGGCCUGUAAAUGAACAGAGGAAUAGAGACAUCUUUAAAUCGAAGUAAAUGUUAAACAUGCUUAAAUCUCACAGAACCGUUUAGUAAUUGCUCUUGAUCCUCGGGAGGAAAUAUGUUUUCUCUUAAUUACUACUUCGACAAAUGAUGUGAUACUUGUGGAUGCCUUUUUACCACCCAUAUGAAUUUAAUGUAAAGAUGUGAUGCCAUAAGAAACAAAUCUACCAGGUCAAUCAUAUCACCUCUGGUAUCCCAUCGGAGAAUCGCCUCUUUUACUCUGCCACCUCCUGUUUUUACUGAUUAAAAUGUUUUCUACCAUUUCCAUCGUGACUGAAACUUUUCAUCAGUGUCAAGUCAAAUAGUAUUACAGCUUCCUGCUGAUAAAAUGCACAUGGUUUGUGUUCUUUUAAAUUAGUUGUAGUAUUGUCAUUUUGAAGCUGAGGGUUGACGCACACGUUCAACAUUAUGAGAUAUACACAUAUUUACAUAGUAUUGUAUGACAUUGUCAUGAAAGGGUCGGACUAUAGUUUGCCAUGAAAAAGUACCAGUGCUGUAGGUCUCAAGUAUGCCAUGAAUUUUUUUUUUAGUAUUUUACGCCAUGGAAUAUACAAAAAAAAGUCAAUACAUAUGUUCCAUAAAAGUACAAUUGAUAAUUCAUAGUAUAGUAU